AAACACACGGAGGGAAAUUCAGGAAAAUCUCUGUUUACGUCUUGCCUGUGUGUCUCAUGUGUCCGCGUUGGUUUAUUUUACAAAACUGUCAUAUUUUAGAGGCGUUAUUGAAACUGUGGUCGUGUCGGGAUGCAAACGUCGGCUUCAGACGGAGGAGAAAAGUCGCAACAGUCGCUGGUUUUCUUUGACUUGGAGACGACUGGACUGGGUCAGAGUUGUGAGAUUGUCCAGCUGGCUGCAGUGAGUGGAGGCCACUCUCUCAACCUUUACGUCAUCCCUCGAUGUCGAAUGCAGCGUGGAGCAGCCAAAGUGACCGGAUUCAGGGUCCACAGACAGAGACUGUACCUCCAUCGCCAGCUUGUUCUCACCAACUCCCUGCGAGAGGUCCUGGUCUCCUUCAUAGCUUUCCUUCAGAUGCUUGGGUGCCCGCUUGUCAUCGGCCACAACAUUCGCCGCUUCGACUGUCGGCUGUUGGCUCGAGCUCUCGAUGAACUGGACCUCAGAGCAGACUUUGAGUCAGCAGUCUCUGGCUGUGUUGACACACUACCACUGGCUCGAGAGAUGCUUAAGGAGCUCGGCCUCCAGAGUUUCCGACAGGAGAACCUGGUCAGGGAGCUGCUGGGUAUGAACUACAAGGCCCAUGAUGCUUUGGAGGAUGUGCGAGCAUUGCAGGCACUGUAUGGCGUGCUUCAGCCCACACCAGACUUGAUUAGUAAGCAUAUGUUCACUCUGGACACCAUGGAAAACAAACUAUCUGCUAAAUCCAAAGUGCCCUGUGAGCCAGCAGUACAGCGCCCCCUGUGGGAGCACUUCAGACAGACAGUGAAGGUCACAGAGAGCAACGAAGAAGAAGCCGCAAGGUAGAGCAUAUGAAACAUGCCGAAUUUGUUGACGGCACAGCUGGAGAGGCUGUUGUUCUCGUGCAAACAGCUGAAGCUGUCCGUUUGUGGUUGAUGGUGGAACAAAUGAUAAACUGACAGAGAAUCACUGAAGUCAUCCUGUUCAGUGACGCAAAAAGGAAAAUAAAAUACAGAGCAAAUGGAUACAACAGUUUGUGAAAGCUUUUGAAAGGUGAUGGAUGCGUAUGAGGAAAAUGCACGCACACCUGGAGGUCACAUGGUACCACUCCAGCCUGACGCAGCAUUUACAUUAUUUUUCCUUAGCCUUAUAGGGUCCUACAUUCCUCUAGACUGCCUUGAUUGGCUCUGUCAGUGUGGAGUUUCAUAUCUGUGUGCUUCAGUCUCACCCUGUUUAAUAUCCCAAAAAACAUGCACUUUAAUUUAUUGCUUAAGAUUGGAGACACAAGAGUCUGUUUCAGCUGUAGCUUAAGAUGGUUGUUGAAGUAGUGAGACGGUUUUUCUCUUAUUCCACUUUUAA